AUGAAAUAUUUUCUAUUGAGAAUUGAAUUGUUCAACUUAUUCUUACUAAUUUAGUUUUACUUGGUUAAAUAAAAUGAAUGUCUUUAUGAGACCUAUGAGAAUUCAUUAUUGAGUUAAGAAGCCCCACAAGAGACUCAUUAUUUCAACUCUGCAGGUAUGGAUUUUUCAAAGGGUAAUUCAUUUUCUUUUGGAUUUUGGAGUUAAUGCAUACCUUUAUGGAAUCCUUUAAGCUAUCCAAGAAUAUAGGGGGAAUACAGAAAAGAUUUGACAGAGAAUGGGUAAUUUUUGUACCAAAUAUAAAAUGGCAAUAAAAUAUCAGUCAUCUCAUAUAUUGUUUUUGACUUGCAAAAUUUAAAAUUAGAGCAUUAUGUAAGUAUAUACAAUAAUAAAAAUCCAAUAUAUCUGAAAUUUAAUUAUCCACCUUAAGAUUAUGAGGGUAGAUGGAUUUUCACAUUUGUAACAAUACAGCCUUAAAUUAGGAAAAUUAUUAUCUAGAGUGAUAAUUAAGGAACUAAUAUAUCGCCUUUAGAAAUAAUUUCUAAUGAUUUUAUGAUUGUUUUAGGAGGAAGAGGAUAUGUAAGAAAUUAUUAUUAUUAUUAUAGACUGAAAAAAAACUAAAUUUAAAUAUUUUCAAAGGAAGGUUGUCUAAGAUGUUGUUGAAUAAUAUUUGGUUUUUUAAUGAGAAUAUGCGCAAUUCUAUUACUUCUACUUGUAGAAUACCUUAAAUUUCAGAUACAGAAUAGAGAGUAGAAAUAGUGAAAGGAUUUUAAUAUUUUAGUGGGUAUGGUUAAAUUUAGGGUAAUUUUGAUUAAUUUGGAAAUAGAUAUUGUAUAUCAGGUUGGAUUAAGAUUGACAUCACUUAAAUUAAUUAUUAUUCAAAAAUGCCAGUUAUUAGGAUCACUGCUUUUAAAAACUAUGGUAGCGGCAAAAAUAUAGGGGAUGAAUUGAUGAAAUUGGAGAUUGAAGUAAAUAAAAAUACCCCAGAUAAAACUCAAUACAUUUUAACAAAUAAUUUCUAUGGAUUACCUUUUUAGAGUUUAUAGAGUUAAUAUCCAGAUUUAAAUCCAGUUUUAAAUCUUAACUAGUGUUGUGACUAUUAUUUAAAUGGAAUUCAAUAAUGGCAUUUUAUAUAAUACGAAUAUGGUAGGUCAUAAAGCCAUGAUAAAAACUUGAUAUAAAUUCAGUUUUCUAAUGAAUUAGGAUUGCAAUCAUUUCCAACAGGAUCAAAUAAAUAUUAAUCAUCAUUUAUAAAUUCUAAAUUUUAUUAUGUUUUUGGUGGAGAUUACUUUUCUAAUAAUAUGCUUUAGGCUUGGGUGAGCGAUUUUAAAUUUGAGUUUAAUUACUAAGAUGAUAGGCAAUUAAUGAACAAUGGUAUUUACUAAUUCAUAAUACUAGUUUGUUAUUACUCUUGUAAAACUUGUAAUGGACCUUAAUAAACAAAUUGUUUAUCUUGUAUACCUGAUUCAAAUAGAGUAUACAUACCUGAAGAAAAUAAGUGUUUAUGCUAAUAAGGUUACAUUGAUUAUGAUGGAUAAGUACAAUGUAUGAAAUUUGAAUAUAGAUUUCCUACAAUUUCAUCAGAGUUUGUAUUGAAUUAAGUAAAGCAAUCUUGUUAAUUUGGAUACUUUUUAGUACCUGAAAACAAUGAAUGCAUAAAAUGGUAAAAUCAAUUUUAUCUCUAGCCCUUAAGACAGCAAAAAUGAUUUUUUAUGUAUUGAUUGCCUAUAAUUUCCUUUAACUUGGUCUGAAAAAUCUAUCUGCACCAAAGAUUUAAUCAAUUAUGGAUAAACAUCUGAUAGUGCUUUUAAAAUAACAUUCAAGAAUGAAAAGGAUUAUGACUUUUAUUUUAUUGAUGGUUAAAAUUAGAUGAAACUCUAAUUAGGGUAUUUGGACUACUGUGAUCCAGAUCGUAAAGAGUUCAAAUGUGUUUUAUCUAGAGAACAAAAUUAAGGGUAAUAUUAUUAUGUUAGAUGUAAACCUAAUUAUUAUAUAAGCAAUAAUGAUUGCUUUGAAAUAAAUCUAAAUUGUUUAGAAGCUUAUGAUAAUGGAGAUUGUAAAAGUUGUAUAGAUAAUAUGUAUCCUGUUAAUAAUAACUGCUAUAAUUGUCCUUUAAAUUGUUAAUCUUGCGAAUUCAACAAAAUUGAUAAAGAGGUCCAUUGUACUACUUGUUUUGAUAAAUAUACUUAACAGAAUAAAGGAUGUUAACCAUGUGGCUCAUAUUGUCAGGUAUGCCAAGACUACUAUGAUAAAAAUAUUCAAUAUUCAUAUCUCAAGUGUUUGAAAUGCGUAGAUGAUACUAAAUACUAUCUAUCAUUUGAUGGAGUAAAUUGCUAGGAAAAUAAAAUUGAAAAUUGCUAAUAUGCAUUUCAAUAUUUAAAAUCCGAUUAAAAAACCAACACUCUUGAUAAAUACUUCGAACUUUAAUUUGAUUAAUAAAAUAUUAUAACAUCAUGUGCUAGAUGUGUUAAUAAUUCUAUCCUAGUGGUAUCCUACUAAUUGUGUUUAUAUGUGAAUAAUCCUUCUUGCACUUUUGGAUAUGCUUAAUCAUUAGUUUAAUGCGAUUUAUAAUUAAGUAAUUUCGCUUACUCAAAAACAACAGGAGAUGUUUGCACCACAUAAUAGAUUUGCUUAAUUACUAAUUCUACAGUUGUGGAUGAGGUAUAAUUUACUGAAUCCUGCUCUGAAUUUUCAUAAAUUCCCUAAUGUGAAAUCUGCAUAGAAGGAAAAUUUUCAGUAUCUGACUAAAAAAAAGUUUAUAAAUGUUUGAGUUGUUCAAACGGAUAUUAUUAAGAUUAAAUAGCAGGAAAAUGUUUUACUUGUCCUUCUGAUUUAAAAUGCCUUUCAUGCUACUAAUAACAGAAAACUGCUUAGGAUAACUGGAAAGUAGGCAUAAGAGCAUAUUAUAAAGUAUUUAUUGAAAAAGACGAUGAGCAUCCUUAUUCUGAAUAUGGUUAAAGUUAAAGUCAAUAAGACUAUGAAAUAAAAUGUAGUCAAUGUAUUUCUGGAUAUGAAUUAAUGAAUGAUCUAUGUGUUAAGUCGUGUUCUGAAAAUUGUUUAAAAUGCUAAUUUAUAAAUGGAUAAUAUAUCUGUUUAAAAUGUAAACUUGGGCAAUAUGGUAGGCAAUUAACUCUGAUGGAUAAUUAAUGCAUCGAAUGCUCUUCCAAUUGUGCUUUGUGUCGGGUUAGAUCAAAUGAGGAAUUGUAUCAAAUCAAUCCAUUAUUUAAAAAUCCAAGGUAUAUGAAAUAUGCUCAUUAAUGUCUAAAGAGUUAUUCUGAUAACGGAUAAACGUAUGAUUAGUAGUUAGGAAUGUUUGUUAACUGUUUGGAUUAAGAUUUAGGUUGUUUUUUAUAGUAUAGUAUGAAUUUAAAUUUGUAUUGUUCUUCAUAAGAAUUUGAGAAAGAUAGAGAUGCUAUUGUUGAUUCUUUUUAAAAAUAACGUUUUUAACUUGAAAAUAUUUUAAUUGAUGAUUUGAUAUCAGGGCAAAGCUUUAGAGAAGUAAUUUUUAUAAUUAUCUAGUAUGAAAACGAUUUGUUUUACUUUUAAGCAAAUGAGAAAUAUGUUAAAUCUAUAAGAAUAAUAAUCUCAAGUAAUAUAAGUUAGACAUGCAUCAUUCCAGAUGGCUCAAAGAUAUAAUAAGUCUUCAGUGAAAACAUAUUUUCGGCGAUGUAUUUUUAAUAUUUAUUCUUAGCAAUGUUGAAUUAUAAUUCAAUUUUCUGCAUGAAAUUCAAUUUAUAUACGAAAGAGUAUUUUAAAUUUCGAAUUUCAAUUCUAUUAAAAUAAGCAAUCUUAAAUUAAUACCAUAAUCUAGUGAUAAACUAAAAUAGCUAAUUUUCAUUAGUUGUUUUCCUCUCAACGUUGAGCUAAACAAUAUAGAAUUUACCUCGGAAAGUCCGGUUACUCAAUCAUAGAUUUAAUUUUUAAACGUUUCAUCGCUUACAAUUAAUACAUUCAUACUUAAUGGAGUCAUUCUUUAGAAAAGUGAUUUCUUCAUGACUAUCGCCUAAACUGAAUUUAAAAAGAUUAUAUAGAUCAACGACUUCUAAUUAUUGAAUUCUAAACUUAAUGGAAUUAAACUUUUAAAUCUUGACUUAGCCUAAAAUGACAGUUUUAGUUUAUAAAAUUCAAUUUUCUAAGGAAAUUUUUACAACUCAAGCAUUGUUAAAACUACUGAAAAUAAAGUUAUUGGCACAGCUUUUUUGAAUUAAAUUUAAUUUGAGAGUGAUUUAUAAGAGUGUUAAUCCAUAUUUAAUCUCUUUUGGUUUAUUCAUUUGAAAAUCUCAAAUUUUAUUAUAUAAAAUUCAUAGCUAUUUAACAGCUCAUUAAUAGAAUUAAAUAACAAUAGUACUUUAAGUGAAAUCCUAUUUUCGAAAUGUCAGUUAAUAGAAUAGUCAAUUGGAAUAAUAAAUUCAGAAGUACUCUCUUACAUCAAUUAAUUCUUUUUGUAAAUCACUAAUAUUAAAUUUGAAUCUAAUACGUAUGAGGAGACUGCUAAAUUAAUGAAGUUUCACAAAUUCAAUUUCCUCUCAUCAUAGCUUCAAAUAAAAAAUAUUUCAAUAAUAAAUAAUGAGAUGAUCAACGUAUCCCCAUUAUUCAAUCUACGUCUGUAAGAAUCUUCAUUAAUAUAUUUGUCUAUAGAGGAAAUCGAUAUUAAUGGAUUAAAUAUUAUAAGAGGGCAAGGGUUGACUGACAUAAGUAUAAUUGAAACAUAAUUCAUUUAAAUAAAAUCUGCCAUUAUUACUUAAGGUUAUGAAUAUAAACUCCAUAUCCAUCAAUACUUGGAUUGCUAACUCAAAUAUAUUAAGGGAUAGUAUUAUUUAUAAUCAAUCUUUAUAUAUUCUUGCUUAAAUCUGAUUAUCAACGAUAUGAUUAUCAAAGAUGUUUCAUCUAAUAAUUCUCCUAUUAUUUAAUAUCAAUCAGCAUAGCUAUCGGCAGUACAAUAGUCAGAAAGCAUCACAAUCUCUAAUUUAUUUGCUUAGAAUAAUCUUUUAUUGAUUACAGAAUAAUAAUCUUCCACAAGCAUCAUAAAAAUAGAGUCUGUGUAGGUGACUACUCUUUAGAUUAAUAACUUUACAUUUAUCAAUAAUAUUAUGCAUGAAUACAUCUAGGAUAAUUUGAAGGUUUCAGCAUUAGGAUUUAACUUUGACUGCCAGUAAGCUUCAAUCAUUCUAAUGAAUUCAAAACUCUCUAAUAAUAUUGUAUUUAAUAGCACAGAUAGCUUAAUAAUGAUAAAAGGUAAGUCGCUGAUCCUAAGUGAUUGUUACUUUUUUAACAAUUCAAUAUUUGAUUAUUCCAUACUUCAACCACAUAUACUUUGGAGUUUUUCAACUUCGGAUUAAAUAUAUUUAGAAGAUAUAUAAAAAAUCUUUCAAACUAAAUCAUCUACUGGAAAUGCUUAAUUAAUUGUAGAAGAAUUAAAAAUAAUAAAUUGCAAAUUUAAGAACUCUUAAGGGUCUUAUGGAGGAGCGCUUCAAGUAAUUGCAUAAAACUAUUGCAGGAUUUAUUUGAGUAAAUUGAGUUUUAAAAAUAUAAUGACAUCAUUUUAAGAAGAAAAUGAAUAAGGAGGUAGUAUUUUUAUCGACUCUUCAGCAUCAUUAUCUUUAAAUCUAACGAUCAAUGAUAUCAAAGCUGAUACAAUCUUUAGUAGAUAUUAAGGAGGUUUCUUGUAUUUGAAAGCAGGAUCUAAAAAUAUCAAUGUUGAGAUGGGUAAUUUAAUAUUAAAUAAUAUACAUUCUUUGUAAGGUUCAAUAAUUUAUAUAUAAUUCUAAAGUUAAUCAAGUUAUUCUAAGAAUAUAUAUAUUAAUAAUUUCAUAAUCAAGAAUUUCUAAAGAGAACUUUUAUAAUUUUUAAAUAAAUAUGAGGAGAUUAGUGCAAAUCAAGAAUAUGCCUUAAAUAAUAAUCGAACUUUAUUUUUUAUUGAAUUUGGGGAAUCAAUUAAUUUUUAAAAUGUAUAUAUUGAAAAUCUGCUUUAUGAAUCUUUUCUUUUUCUGAGUUCAUCAAGAAGAGUAAACUUAAAAGAUUUAUAGAUUAUCAAUUCCAAGUUAUCAAACUUUUUAAUUCUUAUUGAAUCUAACCAAUGUAAACUAUAUAUUAUAAUUUAGUUUAAUCUAGUUUAAUUAAUUUAGAUAAUAUUUUGAUAAAAAAUACUUCAGUGGGUUAUUUUUAAAUUCUCCAAAAUAAUUGUUCUUCAAUUUCAAAUCAGUAUUAAUUAGCUUCAAACACCUUUUAAUGUUUAGUUUUUGAUUCAUAGAUUUCAGCACCUUCAAAACUAAAAAUGUUUUAUGAUUCCUAAUCUACAAAUGAUUUAUGUUGGAGAAAUCUUAACAAAAAUCUAACAGACAUGGCUGAAUCAGGUCUUAUAUUACUGUCUUAACUCUAUGAUGAUUAGAUAGAAGUAAAAAACCUACACAUAACUGAAAUUAAUUGUUCACUUUGUCAAAGAGGGUUAUUAUCAUUUAAGUAUAGAACUACAAAUAAAAUCCAAAAAUACUCUUCUGUAUUAAAUCUAUUAAUUAAAAACUCAUCAUGCGGGCAAAAAGGAUGUUUUAAUCUUAUUAAAGAUAAAUAGAAUAGAUUACUUUAUUAAUAUUAUGAACAAUAAAAAUUUCUUUUACAAUUUGAAAGCAUAAUCACAAAUUACAUAUGUGAAAAUAAUUCAUGCAAAGAAGGUACAUGUUUAAACUCAGAGAAUAUCACUAUCUACUUGUAGGAUUCCAAUUUCUAAUUUAAUAAUGCUUCUUUAAGAGGUGGGGCCAUUUACACAAACUCUGAGAUCUUAAUGUACAAUUGCUUGAUAUCAAAUAAUCAAGCAAAUAUAGGAGGAGGAAUUUUUCAAUAGGAAUCUACAUAGUAUCCAGCUAAUUAUAAUUAAAUUUACAACAAUAAAGCAUUAAAUUAUGGAACUAAUAUUAUAUCCACUCCCCAAAAAUUAUCUCUCCAAUUGAAUGCCAAUGGGAUGUUUUCGACAACUAGAUUGACAAAUGAAGAAAAUUUAAUUAUAGAUUAAGUUUAUGUUCCUCCUUAUAAAACAAUUUAAGGGGCGAAAUCUCAAUAUUUACUUGUACCGAGUGGAUAAAGUAUUGCUAACUAUAGAUAUUUCAAUUGGAAGGAUCGAUAGUACAUCCCAUCCAACUAGACCUUUCGAAUUAUUCCAUUAAAUUAAGAAGAUUAGAUUAUAAAAAGUUUAUCUGAUACUUUUUGUAGAAUAUAAGGUAGAAUACACAACUUCUCUGAAAACAAAACAGAUUCUGAGAAUUUCUAAUAUAACUUUACAAAUAUUAAUUACACUUAUUUUAAUGAUUCAACUUAGGAUUAUAAUUGGGAUGAUUUAGUCAUAUAUUUAGAUAAUGAAUUACCUUCUCAUAUGUCUUUAUAAUUAGAAUUUAGUUGUAAUUCAAUUUAAAUUCCUAUUUUUAAUAAAGUUGCACCCUAUAAUCUUCAAGGCAAUCACAAUAAUUAUAAAUUAAGGGUUGAGGUUCGAUCAUUACCAUGCUAAUUUGGUGAAAUUAAGAGUGUUAUCAACUUCUCUUGCAUUCUAUGCGAUAAUAGUCUAGGCUUAUUUUCUAUAAAAUAGAAUUCUCCUAAAUGUGAAGUGAAAGAUGAUGUAUCCACUAUAAGUGUGAAUUCAUCUUAAUUAAAUUUAAAAUAAGGAUUUUGGCGACCUUUUAUAGAUACCAGCAAAGUAUCUGGCUGUCUUAAUUUACUCAGUAAUUGUUUGGGAGGAUUAAUAGAAGGUGAUGAAUCAUGUUCAAGAGGACAUAUCGGAGCAUUAUGUGAAUAAUGCGAUUUGUAUAAUACCAGAGGGGAUGGAGAAUUUUCUGUUGGCUAAAGAUUUGUUUGUGGUUCCUGUUAAGAGACAUAAAGAAAUACAUUAAUUAUUACAUUAGUUAGUUUUUGGUAAUAAUAUCAUCUUAUUGAAGGACUUUAAUCUCUGUUUUCAUUUCUGUUUAAGGAACAAUAAAAGCAGCCCAGAAUAUAAUGCCAGAUUUUAAGUUUGUAUUUCAUUGUGCUUCAUAUUUUCAUUAGGAUAAUUCUGCAAUUUUAAUGAAACUGUUAACAAAUUAUUUAUAAAUUCUGGAUACUAUAAGUACAUUUUAAAUAGACUUUUCCGAUGAGGUAUAAGGUACUUUAUAGACAAUUAGUUCGCCAUUUGAAUCUAUGAUUUAUUCUUUAGAUUGCUUUCUAUCAAAUGCCUUCGCAUAUGAUAUACACUAUGCAAGAAUGAUUUGGGAACUGAUCACACCUUUCUUUUAUACUGGCUUCUUCUUUUUCAUUUACUUUGUUGCCUUUAAAUUUGGAUAUGCAAUUUUCAACAAAAGUGUCAUUACAACAACUCUCAUUUAUAUGUACAUAUAUUUAUAGCCUACUUUGAUUGGCGGAUUUAUGCUAUUAAUUUCCUUUAGGGAGAUCUCAGAUUAUAAAUGGAUUUCUGCAAAUGUAUCUUAGAGAUAUGACACAUACAUUCAUCAAUAGUGGAUAUUUAGGUUCUGUAUACCUACGCUUCUUUUAUUUUCCAUUGCUAUACCUCUCUACUUAUUAAUUGGACUUUACUAAAACAAAAGUAAGUUUAAUAGAAAAUUGGUCAGGCAGAGUUGGGGAUACUUAUAUAUAGAAUAUAGAAAUAUUGCUUAUUAUUGGGAAAUAGUUAAAAUAUUCCAAAGAGAAUUGAUUAUCCUGUCUUUGACAUAUUUUGAGGAUAGUAUUCUCAUCAAAGCUAUAAUUGUGAUUUUGAUUUUAAUCCUUUACCUAGAGUUGAACAAAAAAUUUAAACCUUAUAAUGUAAAUUACUUAAAUGAGCUGGAUUAUUUUUUAACUAACACGUGUAUAACUUCAAUAAAUUUGGGAAUAGGGUGUUACUUCUCAUAAUCUUCAGGUUCAACAGUGAUCUCAUAUAUAUUUAUAAUAAUCUUACUUUGCUUGAAUAUAUAUUCCAUUUCAUACCUACUAUCUAAAAUUAUCAAAGAAUUUUUAAGGUAACAAAUUAAUGAUUUGGAGUAAAAACUAAAUGCUCUUAAAAUGAAAAUAGCAAGAUUUCUACCAUGUUUGAUGAAAUUUAAGAUAAUUUCAAAAAUAUUAAAAAAUCACAAAGUGAAAAAAGAAAGGUAAAAGUAUUUAAUUAAGAAAUUAAAAUCAUAUCUUUUGAGGGUUGCUAAAUAAAUCAUCAUAUUAAAAAAUUAAAAAAAAUACAAUUUUUAUUAAUCUGAUAAUCAUUGUGAAUAAUUUAUAGAUUCUAGAACUAUAACUCCCAUAAUUUCAAGUUCUGAAAAGAAUCUUUGCUAACAUCAUUUGGUGAAAACUAAUUCCCUGAUCGUGUUAUAAUAAUAAAGAGUUAGUAUUCAAAUCAUAGAUUAAAAGUAUAAUUUAUAUGUUAAGAUUAAGGCCUACGAUGUAAUUUAAUAUAAAUGUUAACGAUACAAUAUCUGGUAGAUAAAAUUGA